AUGACCGUAAUCGCCGUUCCCGUUCUACGAAAGCAAGCAAAAAAAGCCACGAGCAGAUGUGACAAGCGGAUGCAGCGAACACAACUUCGCUUAAAUCCGCCCUCGGUUUACAGCAUCGGAGAAAAAGUGUAUAUACGUUUGAGAGGGAAACCAUCGAAUAAACGGCAUGUGACGGAGGGUCGUAUCGAGAAACGUAAGAUCAAGUUGCAUACCUAUAAGGUUUCAUACACCUCACCGCUUUCAGGAAAGGAAGAAAGGAAAUGGGUCUCCGUGGACGAUAUCACAAGCCUAACACUAGAGCGAGAAAAACAGAAACAAAAAUGCGCCAAGCUGUCUAAAAAGAAAAAAAUUGACCACUACAAAAAGUAUUACAUACCUAUGGGAAGAAACGAUUAUGCAAAGGCUAUUGAAGAUCAGGGUUUUAAAUUGGUUUACAAUCCUCCUGGAGAUGGCAAUUGCCAAUUUGCUGCACUAUCGCACCAGGCAAAGAGACUAGGCAUUUUGAGAUUUCCUGAAACCAUGAGGAAAGAAAUAGUAGAGUACUUAAAAAGUAAUCCGUACGAUAGCGAUGGCUUCCUACUUUUGGAGCAUUUGGCAGAUGAUGAGUUCGCUUGCUGGGACGAUUAUAUAACUCUUAUGGCGCGAGAUGGGACCUAUGGAGAUCAGAUUACGCUGUAUGCAGCAGCAAACUUGUAUAAUAUCGAUAUACAAAUAGUUUCCUCUCUAGGAGUUGGUGGGCAGCAUGUGUUCAGUCCGUCAGCAAGUGUUUCAGCAGCUACCGUGUACCUUGGACAUCUUUCUGAGAACCAAGGCGAACACUACGUGAGCUUGGAACAAGUUGCGGAUCACAACGACGCUAGUGAAAAAGAAUACAAUGCAAAUGACUUAGGAGAAGGAGAAGUUCCCGAGGAUUAUGCGAAUAAAAUGCACAUAGAGCAGGACGUCGUUGAUUUUGAAAUGGGUGACUCUGACGCAAAAACUGGACUUGACAGUAUCGUCGCCAUUGGUGACGACACGGACAUUGCUACAGAUAUAGCUAAGGGACUUACUCAUGGAAGCCGAACAAACGAGACGGAGUAUGAAUUGCAAAAUGAAGUCGAUAAUGGUAUAGCCAAUGAUGGUGAUAAGCUGAUGGAGGUUCAGUUUGUUUCAGAUGUAGACAUCGACUUAUUUGCGACGAGAGGAGAUGACGAAUGUCACAUUGGAAAACUUCCCAGUGAAGUUUUAGAAAAAAUCUUA